AUGGGGGACACCAUCACCUCCCUCAGUCUGGUGGAGCUGCGCGCCUUGCUCCUCGAAGCGGUGCGCCAGGCACACGAUGGACUCCACGCGGUGGCUGGAGCACUGCCAGGAUUGGAGGACAGCGAGAGGAAGCGCGCCCUCAUGUCCCAGCUGCAUGCCUCCCGCCAGCAGCUCCAGCGCCUGGGGGUGGUGGUGGCCUGGUCCGCCAAGGCCCGGGCGGUGGCCGAGUGCCGCAGAGUCAUGCAGGCGGCUGCUGUGCACGCUGCGGCGCUGCAGGACGCGGCAGACCAGCUGGCCUACCUGCACUCCGAGCUCACGGCCACCGCAGCCCCCGCCUACGACAUCGCCACGGCCGUGCAGGUCACUGAACAGGGGUCGUACAACCUGCUGCCCAGCAGCAUCGAGGAGCACGCCGGGGUCAGUCCAGCCAGGCCCCCACGCUCCACCGUGCGCGCGGCCCUGGCGCAGCUGGACUUCCUCAUCCGCGCCAAGCUCCUCCAGAACCCGCGGCCCGAGGGCAUGGCGGUGCGCUCCAUCUCCGCAGGCGUGCUCACCCUGGGCGGCGCCGGCGGGCUGUAUACGGCGCGCCUGACCCUGGUCCCCGCCCCCGAGGAGCGGGUCGCCCAGGUGCCGCAGGCGUGGGCCCGGGCCGAGGGCGAUGGCGCGCCGGCGGUCGGCGGGCCCGCGUCGUCUGCGGCCUCCGCGCCGGCGACGGCCAAGGUGAAGCACCCCGCCGCCGGCUGGCGCUGGCGCCUGCUGUCGCUGGACCUGCUGCCCGAGUACCGGGGUCGCGAGGGCCUGGCCCCACCCCAGCUCCUGGCCUGGCUCCAGUCUGUGCUGGAGCAGCGCAUGUGGGCCGCCGCCGACGUGGCGACGCUGCGUGGCGCCGGCCUGGGGGACCUGGUGGCGGUCGGCGACCCGGGGGCCGCCGGCGACGCACGGCCCACCAGCAGCGAGCGGUCUGCGCCGACGUCCGACGCGCCCGGCGCGAGCUCCCUGCCCGCACGCUCCACGCUUUGCCUGGGGGCCGCCGGGCUGGGGGACGAGAGCUCCGGGCACGAGAAGUGCGGGGCGGGGUCGGGCCCCGCACCCUCGCCGUCCCCUGGGCCCGACGCCCUGCGGCUGAUGCACGAGGCGCUGACCCGCGGCGCCGCGCGGGCGGCGCUGGCCUCCAUCGUCGUCCCGGACGCGCGGCGGCUGGAGGGCGCGGAGGGCUGGGCGGGCCGCCUGCGCCUGGAGCGGGCGCGGGAGGGCACGGGCAUCAGGCUGAGGUACUGGCUGGACCACCCCCCCGUGACGCUGCACGAGCUGGAGGCUCUGCAGGGCCGCAGCAGCAACGGCUCCGGCGCCGCGCUGCCAGCCACAUCGCAUGCUCUGGCGGCACCCGACGCCAGCGCCGCGGCGCAUGCUCCCCCCGAGGCACCCGCUCAGGCCCCCAGCAUCGAGGUGGCGCUGGGCGCCGACGCAGAGUCGCUGGCCGUGCAGCUGCCCGAGGCCGGGCUGCUGCAGCGCGUGCUGGCGGCGCGGGCGGCCAUGCAGCUGGCGGCCUUAGAAGGGCACCUGAGUGCCGCGCCGCUCGGCGCAUGCAUGCGCUGCCGCCUGGUCGUGGCGGAGAAGGAAGCGGUGGAGCCGUGGUCGGCGGCGCAUGAAGACGUGCCCAUCACGAUCGCCACCGACCCCCAGCCGGCCCGCCUGCCGCGGCUGGAGGUCUGGGCCGGCGGGUGCCAUGAUGCAGGCGAUACAGACGGCGAGGCCUCGCCAGCCUCCCGGCCCGCGCUGACCCUGGGCGUGGACCGCCAGACGGGGCAGUACGAGCUCCUCCAGGUCGGGGAGGAGGCACGGGGUGGUGACGCGGCUGGGGUCACGAGGCCGGAGGCGGCGACGACAGUGGCACCUCCGAGCGGCGCCGGCGCGGCGGCUGGAUCCUCGCGCGCCGGGGUCGCGACGGCGAGCCCCGAGCCCUCCCCGCUCCGCCGCGAGCUGUCGGGCGCGCUGGCCGCGGCGGCGCGGGAGGCCCUGGCCUCGCCCCUGCCCGUCGGCCGCUCCCGCGCCACGCAGGCCGUGGCCCUGGCCGCCGCCGUGGCCGAGGCGCGGCUGUACGAGGCCACGGCGCGCGGACUGGCGCUGCGCCAGCUCGGCGCGCCGCCCCUGCCGGGCGCGCUGUGGCUGGGCGACGCGGGGGCGGGCAGGGGUCCCCUCGACGGGUGCGUGCCGGCGGAGCCGGCAAACGGUGCGGCGCCCACCCGCAAGCGCGGCCGCGGGUGGCCCGAGGGGGCGGUGGAGCCGACUGGCGCGCCAGGUGCGGAAGCACCUGUGAUGGCCAAAGCCCUGUCCCCCGGGCCCCCGCAGCGGCGGCUGACGCUGGUCCAGGCCCUCCGCUGGGCCCGGCGCGAGGGGCUUUGGCGCCAGCUCGGGCACCAGCUGGAUGCGCAGGGCCUGGCCGCGAGCGAGGAGUGGCGGUGGGUGGGCGCGCCGGAGUCGGGUGGUCCGUCGCCCAUGGGCGGCGCAGCUCACGCGAAGCCAGGGGCUGCGGGCCUCGCCGCGCGCGAGUUCCUGGGCGGCUCGGCGUCGGAGCCUGCGCCGUGCGGCGCGUACGCGCGCUUCUGGCUGCACGGCGACCGGGGGGAGUGGAGGGGGGAGCUGGACUCGCGCUACUUUGCCUCCCGGGCCGCGCGGCUGCGUGACGCGGGCGUCGAGCUGCAGGAUGGCUGCGACGGGAAGGCCCCGGCGGUCGAGGUCGUGCGCUGCGGGCGCCGCGGGCUGGAGCUGGCGGGCAGCUUCCAGCGAGGCCAGAGCGUGCUGCGAGGCGUGGCCGCCCUGCUUUCCAGCCUGCGCCUGCACCUCUGCCUGGCGCGCUGCAUGGCCCGCUGCCGGGCCGCGCCGGAGGUCGAGCAUGAGAAUGGUGAGGUUGCGGGGGAGGAGGGUGCCGCGCACGCAAAUGGUGGCGCGGAGGCCAAACGGACCGUGAGUGCCUGCACGUGGCGGCUGCCCGGCAGCUGCCGGUGCCGCCUGGCCAGCGCGGGCCUCCUGUCCGCCACCUUCGUGGUGGAGGGGCGGGGGCCCUCAGCGCACGGCCCCCUGCUCACCGCCGAGGUGUCGUGGGAGACCCUGGGCGCGGGGCGAGGCACGGGAGGGGGCGCGGGACCGGGCGUGAGUGAGCUCGGGACCCCCCGCGCCAGCGGCGGCUCGCCGGAGUGCCGCGUGCUGUGCCGCCCCGAGGUCCCGGCCGCGCUGGCCGCCAGGCUGGCGGCGCUGCUGGAAGCGGGGCCGGCCGGCGCGCCAGCCCCGGAGACCGCCGCCAGCGUGGCGGACGCGGACGUGCAGCCGAGCUUGGACUCCUCCUCCAAGCCUGCCGCUGCGGUGGCAUCGGCGCCCGGCACCGCGGAAGGAGACGCGGCUGGGAGGGACCCGCCGCCCCGCACCUGCACUCUGUGGAUCCCGGAAGCAGCUGUCGAACAGGCGGCGACCACCGUCCUCCAGGCGGUCGGUGGGGCCUGGUGA